GCCGCAAAGAGGGCCACUAUUGUGAGCGAUAAAGCCAAUGAGGGUUAGGGGCGGGUGUUAACUUGGUCACGUGGGUGCAACGUUGUAGCAGCAAUAGCAGGGAUGAAGAAAGGGAAUUGGCGUGACAGGGGCAGGGACCGUAGGCGACUCGGUUACCGCUCUGACUGGCAAAGGGACAGGACACAGGAACAAAGGUAUGGCAGCAGUGAAGCAGGCCCCUCCUACAGAGACAGGACCCCAGAGAAUAGGUCUAUUUCUAAUAGUGCAGCCGCCUCCUCCUCCUCCUCCUCCUCUGCUGCUCCAGAGCUGCCGGGGUUCUACUUUGACGCUGAGAAGAACCGUUACUUCCGGCUGCUGCCGGGCCACAACAACUGUAACCCUCUGACCAGAGGGCUGCUGCAGGAGAGAGAGCAGGAGAAACACAGGGCCAGGAUGAUCACUGAGGACGAGAGGCCCAGGAAGAAAGCACCAAGAGCAGGCCUGAACUCAGCUCUGUUGCUGCAGAAAAGACACCUGGGUCUGCUGCCUGGGAACUCUUACAGUAGGCUGAUCCAUGAGGUGAAGGUGAGUGGGAUGAGACGUCACAGACUGGAGGUCCAGAGCUCUGAAAGCAGCAGUCCCAACACAGACCACUUUAGACUCAUAGUGGGUGACUCUGCAUGUGAGCGUGUGUUCACGGUUAACGACGUGUCUCACGGAGGCUGCAAGUACGGCAUCAUGAACUUCAGAGGCUGCAGCAGGGGCUCCCUGUCCGUCAAGAUGUGUGACAACCUCUACUUUACAAACAGAAAGGUGAACUCUAUCUGCUGGGCCUCCGUCACCCACUCUGACUCACACGUCCUCCUGUGUCUGGUGGGCAUGGCAGAGACUCCUGGCUGUGUCAGUUUACUACCAGCCUCGCUCUUCAGCAACUCCAACCCGGACCAGCCGGGGAUGCUGUGUAGUUUUAAGAUCUCUACAGCCUGGUCCUGUGCCUGGUGUCUCAACCCUCAGGCUGACAAAACAUUUAGCACGGGUCUGUCUCGCAGGGUGAUAGUGACAGACGCAGUGACGGGCAGGAGACAGACCUAUGGCAUCAGCAGUGAUGUGCUGGCACAGCAGUUUGCCCUCAGGGCUCCGGUCCUGUUUAAUGGCUGCAGGUCAGGAGAGAUCUUCAGUAUCGACCUGCGUCAGAGAGGCAGACGGGACCACAGCUGGAAGGCCUGCCGGUUCUCCCAGGACUCUGCUAUCACCUCCGUACGAAUACUACAGGAUGAGAACUACCUACUGGCCGCGGACAUGAUUGGAGAGAUCAAGCUGUGGGAUGUACGAGUAACAAAACCAGUGCGGAAGUACGAGGGUCAUCAUAACCAACACGCCUACUUACCCCUCCACGUCAACGAGGCUGAGGGACUGCUGAUGGCUGUGGGUCAGGACUGCUACACCCGUCUGUGGUCUCUGGGGGACGGCCAGCUCCUGAGGACUAUCCCAUCUCCCCACCCUGCUGGAAAGGACAUGAUCCCCAGCGUGGUCUUCUCUUCUCAGCUAGGAGGCAACAGAGGCCUGCCUGGUCUCCUCAUGGCUGUCAGGCACGAUCUGUACUACUUCCCUUAUAACAGUGACUACCAGGAGGGAGGAGGGGUAGUGACUCAGGCAGCCUACUAGGGGAGGGCUUGCCUGAGGCAGCCUGCUAGGGGAGUGCUUGACUGAGGCAGCCUGCUAGGGGAGUGCUUGACUGAGGCAGCCUGCUAGGGGAGGGCUUGACUGAGGCAGCCUGCUAGGGGAGGGCUUGACUGAGGCAGCCUGCUAGGGGAGGGCUUGACUGAGGCAGCCUGCUAGGGGAGGGCUUGACUGAGGCAGCCUGCUAGGGGAGGGCUUGACUGAGGCAGCCUGCUAGGGGAGGGCUUGACUGAACCUUUCUUUGCAAAGUAACUGGAAUGAAGGAGACUCUUACUGCCUAAAGUUAUCAGCCUGGAGCUUCAAGACUUCAAGUGGAGAGUUGGGUCUGACCGUAGAGCGUUGGGUCUGACCGUAGAGCUGCGAAGUGGAGAGUUGGGUCUGACCGUAGAGCUGCAGGUGGACUGCUGGAACAUGGAUCCAGGACUCUCUACUAUAUUUGUCUACCAGUGAACCCUGAAUUAUGUCCACAGAAACUGCAAUUCAUCAACUGCUAUUAUUGUAGUUGUUUUUUUGUCUUUAUAAUAAUAAUAAUAACGGUAAUUAUUCAUCUGAAACAGAUUUCAAUGAUGUUUAUAUGAUUCAAACAAUGUAUUUUAUCCAUGGUGAUUGAAUGGAUGGCUUGGAAUUAUUAAAAAACAGCAUUGUCAACAGACCUCCA